AACUUAGCUUUGUUCUCCAUCUCUACUGAACGAGCUGUGCACUGAUUUCCCUGCUCACUAUCGACUGGUCUAUAACAGGUUCUAUGUGCUUUUGCUUUCCUUUCUCUAUUUUUUUUCUUUUAGCAGUUGACAAACUCCAUCAGAGCUCCCCCACGACCCAGCCCUUUUCAAGCCUGGUUUGUGAGCCUAUCGAGCAGCCGCCAUGCCGAGCUCAUCAGCGGUGAAGGGCGUCGUGGCUCUAACACUCAUUAUCCUUGGUUGUGCGCUCAGAUAUCUCGUGGGGGUGUAUCGCAGUUAUGAAAAGCUUAGUCACUUCAAAGGUCCUCCUCUAGCCGCCUUCACCAGCUUGUGGCUCGCUUCACAGGCCAUCAACGCGCGCAUGCCCACUGCCCAAAAAGAGGCCCUUAGGAAGUAUGGGUCCCCAGCUCGGAUAGGACCCAGCUUGUUGGUCACCGAUGACCCUGAGCUUCUACGGCACAUGAGUGCGCCUAGGUCCAAAUGGACGCGGAGUUCGUGGUACGACGGCAUGAAGCUGGAUCCCAGGGUGAACAACAUCUUCUCCGAGCGCGACGAGCGACGCCAUGCGGAGAUGAGAUCGAAGAUGAUCGGCGCAUAUUCCGGGAAAGAAGUCGAUACAUUGGAAUCCGACAUCGACGAGAACUUACAACGGUUGCUGGCUCUGAUCAAGCAUGAGUACAAUGGCAAGCCUCUUGACAUGUCACUUCUGGCAUCGUUUUUCACCCUAGAUGUACUGAGCCAAAUCGCUUUUGGGGAUGCCUUUGGCUUCCUGACGGCCAAUCAAGACCUCUACAAUUUCAACAAGAUCGCAAACCAAUUCUUCAAGGUAAUUGAAUUGAUCGUCAACCACGACACUCUGCGCAAGUUCAUCCAAAGCAAGCCGAUGCAGAAGCUCUUGGCCCCUAAAGGCACCGACGAAUUCGGUCAGGGCCGCGUGAUUGGGAUUGCUCAAAAAGCGGUCGCCGAACGCUAUCAGCCCAAUGCCAAGGUCAAAAGGGACAUGCUUGGACACUUCAUCGCAAAGGGGUUGAGCCAGACACAGGCCGAGGCCGAGUCGCACCUGCAGAUCAUUGCCGGCUCCGACUCGACGUCGUCGGCUCUGCGCAUCACAAUGAUGAUGUUGACCGGCAAUCCGACGGUGUACCGAAAGCUCGUCGACGAAAUCGACACAGCCGUUGCGGACGGCAAGAUCUCCUACCCGAUCGUCAGGUAUAGUGAGGCGGCCGAGCUCGAGUAUUUGUCGGCCUGCAUCUGGGAGGGCAUCAGGCUGUUCCCACCGUUGUUCGGCCUGCAGAGCAAACUCGCCCCUCCCGAGGGCGAGACAAUCAACGGAGUCUUCUACCCUCCGGGGACGGAAGUGGCCUUUUGUUGCGAAGGUGUUGGACGCAGGACAGACGUCUUCGGAGAGGACGCAGAUCUGUACCGGCCCGAUAGAUGGCUCCACCCGGAUCCAGAAGUGAGGGCCAAGUACUUGCGGACGGCGGAGCUGAUGUUUGGGAGCGGACGAUUCGCGUGCCUGGGCAAGAACAUUGCCAUGAUGGAACUGCACAAGGCGUUUGUCGAGCUCCUCCGCAACUUCGACUGGGCGCUUGUGGAUCCAAUCAAGGGAGCUUCGUCGAUCGCCCAUGGUAUCUGGGUGCAGGAGAAGAUGAUGCUCGUUGCGUCGCCCCGGCAGGUUUAGUUAUGUGAGGGUGGACGGUGCGGUGUAACUCCCGUUGAGGAUCUUCGUUUCUCAACACGUCAACAAGCGUCCCGUGAGCAUAACGACAACAGCUAAACGUGAUCAGCACUGCCGGCAGCACCCAGGUUAUUCUAGUAAUGAAGAUUGAGAAAGGAGGACUACUUUAAGGCGCUGACCACACUGUCGACAAGUGCAACGCGGAAACCAGAGCUCGGCUGGUCACAACAAUGGGCCCGCUCAAAGGGCGUAUUAGAGAAGCUCGCACAGAAAUAUUUUGGAUAUGUCAAUGGAUUGGUACCUCUGGGGGAUGUUUGAUUUAACCGUCUCUUUUUGUCUCCACGGCUUCCUUUGCAAA